AUGACAUCUGCCGUAGCAUCUCUCGCGCUCGGUUCUUCUGCAGUCAGCCCUGGGCUCGGGACCGGGUCGCAUCAGACCGAUAUCCUUGCGUUCCCUUCUUCGCAAGACGGAGAGCGCGUGGCCUCCGCCCCUUUGCCGUCAAUGGAAAUAUCAACCACGACUGAUGGCAAUGAGAGUUCGACUACCUAUCCUGCCGGCCAGAAUAUUUCCAAUACAGGUUCUUUGGGUUCAAGAGAUUCUUCUCACAAUACCGGCCUCUCUACCCUAGCUUCUGCUGCGUCGGCGCCGACGCCAUACCUCCGACCGUAUGACACCGCCGCAAACACAUGCAGUAACCACAACGCUACCCAGAGCGUUAACUAUGCCACCCCAUCCCCAACUGCAACAUCUGGCGGUCAUGGAACACUCUCGACACUCGAAUAUCCCAUCGUCCCAUCAUCCGCCCAGUUCACACCUCGCGUCCCCCCAAUUGCCGCGUCCACCAUGCUAACUGCAAAUGUGGCCGAUCAGGGCUCCCAGUACCAAUCUGUUUGCCAGAAUUGCGGCACAUCUAAAACCCCAUUAUGGCGAAGAGAUGGAAUGGGUGCCGUGCUAUGUAAUGCCUGUGGCCUUUUCCUCAAACUCCACGGUCGCCCACGGCCUUUAAACCUGAAAACCGACGUUAUUAAAAGCCGCAACAGGGUCAAGACAUCUGGUCAAGGCUCAAAGCGCAAGUCUGCCGCCGAAGCAAAUACUUUUCCCCAAUCAAAACCGGACGGAACAAUAUCGAAUGGAACCUAUGGAUUUCCUCGUGGCCAGCGGUCCUCCCCACCGUCUGAUCGCUCGAAAUCACCUGUCUCUCGAACCGAUACUCCUAAUUUUGUCCACAACAGCAAUAUCGCCCCCCAGAAUGUGUUUGAUAGUGUCACAUUAUCAGAUCACGGGAUAAACACCUCGAAUUCAGGUCUUUCUGUUAUACAGUUACAGCAGCCCUCUCCUGGGUCAAGCACGUCAUCCAGUGAUCGUCAUAUAGAUAUGACGCAGACAUACGAAGGGUUGCUGGCUGCGAAUACCGCGUUAAAAACUCGAGUUAGCGAACUGGAAGUCAUCAACGAACUCUUCCGCGGAAGAGUCACCCAAUUAGAGCAGAGUGAAGAAGCCUCUAGGAGGUCUGGCAGCAAUGCUAGCGAUUCUGAGUUGGAGCUCCGGCGAGCUCUGGAAGAUGCCGCAAAGCGAGAAUCAGAUUUAAUCCACAAAGUUAGCAAAUUAGAACGUUUGCUGGAUGGAUAUAAACAAUUUCAGCUUGCACCUGACUCAACCGAACCACAAACAAAACGACGACGCCUUUCAGAUGGCAUGUCAUUUCCUUCAGACACACCCGUCGAGUCUUCAUAG